UAUGAUUAUAUGAAAAAUGAAUGCCCAUGGACCCGAUGUAUUCCCAGGCGCUGCAGAGCUUUGGACAAUUCAUGUCCAUGCUUCAACAGCCAGGAGGGUUUUCCCCCUUCAUUCCCGGGCUAUACGCACAAACCUUGCCUAGAGUGCUCCUUUCACUAACCAAGGAUGAGGAUAGGGAGGUGCCCCAGGCCCAAAAAAAGUUGAAAGGCAAGGCGAUUCAGCCUGAAGGAUCUGGACGGUUAGCGUUCCAGAGAUUGGGACAUGAAGGAAGGAACCAGAACCGACCGGCCAAGGAGCGGUUGGGGGUGGAGACAAUUCCAGUGAGUGCCUUUGACCGGCUGGGGAGAGAAGGCGGACGACCUGGUCGGACCAGGCGAAUCGAACCACCUCCUUGGGAUGAACCCCAACACAGUCGGGCGCCCUUGGAGGAAGAGGAGGCAGAAAGUCAUCCGAGGCACCCGGUCCAUACACAUAUUGAACAACCCAGAGACUGUGUGGGCCGGGUAGAAGCUCAAUUGGAAAAAUUACAACGGCGGGUGGACCAGGAUGGGAAGAAGAAGGUUUUACUAAAUGGAUCUUCAUUCACCGACCGGGUGCAUGAGACCCCUUUCCCAAAGAAGGCCAAGUUUGAGGUCCCAAAAUUCACCGGUAAGGAGGACCCAGAGAUCCACAUCAAAACCCUCCACCAAAGUGGAAGAAUGAUGGGACUCAUCGGGAAUGAAAGAUGUUUACUUUCCUUCCAGACCCUCCGCGGCCGAGCCGCCGAGUGGUUUCACAACCUCCCGUCCAGCGAAAUUGAUUCCUUUGAUGAGCUGGUAGAAGUGUUCCAGGAAAAAAUCAAGGAAAAUUGUACCAAGAGGAAAACAUUCACCUACUUGAGUACAGUCGGGCAGAGGGAGCAUGAGGAUCUAACCAAAUUCCUCACCCGGUGGAAGGAAGAAGUUGACAAGGUGGAGGAGAUGGAGGAUAAAACCGCUAUGUCCCUCCUAGUCUCCGGACUCCGGUCCGGGGAGUUAUACAAAGAGUUUUGGGAUAAGGUCAUACAAAAACAGAUGAGAUUCGUGGUAGUGAACAUCAAAUGUGUUUACAAUGCCAUCCUGGGCCGGCCAGGAAUUAACAAAGUCCGUGGGAUCAUCUCCAUGGCCCAUUUGUGCAUGAAAUUCUAUACACCGGGUGGUAUAGGACAAGUCAGGGGAGACCAAAAGAAAGCCCAGUCUUGUUAUCUCGAGGCCGUGAAGAAGAUGACAAAGGCAUUCGAGAGGGUCACCCUGGUCUCUCAAGAGGAAGACCGGUCAAAGUUAGAACCAGGAGGCGAAACUGAGCAGAUUGUCCUCCGGGAUGCAUUCCCAGAGAAGAUGGUGAGGAUUGGCCGGGACUUACCCGAGGGACUUCGAGAGGAGAUCAUCUCAUUCCUUCGGGAGUACGCUGACAUUUUCGCUUGGAGUGUGGCAGAUAUGCCGGGCAUUGACCCUUCCGUUAUAUGCCACUGGUUGGCUGUAAUGGAAGCGGAUGAUGAGUGGAGAUACGACCUCAUGGAAUACUUGAUGACUUUCCAGAAACCGGACGACGAAGAGCGGGACAUGAAGAGCUUCGGCCGCGACCACGACCCCUCUGCUGUCCCCCGCGUUGCCGGUUGUGCUGUGACUGCCCAGGACUGCCCCUGCCGCUGGAAUCUACCCGGCCUCCACCAGUGCUGUCGUACCGCCGUGAGUCACCACCGCUGGAACCACCGCUGCCGGCGUAUAGAGCCGUGCCACUGUCCCCCACGGCCCCGCCAGUCCCCAGAUUUGCCCGUUGUUGUUCGAGGAGGAGAAGGGCCGACUAGGUUUGGAGAAAAGUUGGGGGCGGCGUUUGAUAUUGGAGGAAGGACGUUUGACCACGAAGGUCAUCCAGUAACCCACGAAGAACUUGGAGAACGAGCUGUUGUUCAGACACGGUGGCAUCCACAUCAUCCAACCAGUCCGCUAGGUUACGAAGGGUUUGGCAAUAGGCGGCCAUAGAGAGAGACCCCUUCGUGGUGGUGCGGAAUUGGUGUUCAAGUUGCAUAGCCCGGGCCGCUUUAUUGUCGUGAAAGAGAUUAUAGAUAGACUUCCAUAAUUCCGAGGCCGAUUUGGUAGUGGAAAGCACAAGAUCACACACUUCAUCAUUCACCGUAGAUAAGAUCCAUCCUUGAAUAAGGGCGUCAAGUUGGA